AUUGUUUUUUAUUUCUUUUUUGGAGAAACGAAUUGGGAGCCCUAAUUUCCCAUUGCCAUUGAUCUGCAGCACUGUAUCUCUGAAGCUCACUCACCUCCAUUUCUGGACGAGAUUGAAGCUUCUUCAGCCAUUAUCAUCGGUAAUCCACCAAUCCUCACGGCGCACUUCAAACCACCACAUUCCCUGCCUUAGCGCCUAUUUCUCAUCUCAUAGCGCCACUGACUUGCCCUUCUGAAAGCCAAAAAUGGGUUUGAACUAAAUAGCUUGCUACCUCAAGGGGGAAGUUAAUUUGGCAACUUGAGAAAUGCACUUAGUUUUAAGAAUAAGGCAUCUCCUACCCAAUGUGUUUGCAAACACCAUUCGCUCUCCUGCAGUUGCCCUCAAUCCUCUCAACAUAAAUGGAUUACAUAGAAAUUAUGCUCAACCUGCUCGGAUAGAGGAUGAAGAGGAAGAGUUGGAAAUUGACCAGAGAAGGCUUCCAGCUGAUUACGAUCCUGCUAAUUUUGAUCCAACACAGCAUCGUAGUCCUCCAACUGAUCGUGUUUUUAGGCUUGUAGAUGAAAUAUCUGGACUUACAUUAGUUGAAGUUGCUGAAUUAUCUUCCAUUUUGAGGAAAAAGUUAGGAAUGACAGACAUGCCAGUUGUUGGAGUUAUGAAACCAGGAGCUGCCGGAUUGGCUGGAAUGGCAAUGAAAGCAUCAUCAUCAGCAACUGCUAAGGAGGAGAAGAAGGCAGAAAAGACUGUUUAUGAGCUGAAACUAGAGUCGUACGAAGCGUCUGCAAAGAUUAAAAUUAUCAAGGAAGUAAGAAGUUUCACUGAUUUAGGUCUCAAAGAGGCAAAGGAUUUAGUGGAGAAAACCCCGUCGGUGUUGAAGAAGGGACUAUCAAAGGAAGAGGGUGAAAAAAUAAUUGAAAAGAUGAAGGCACUUGGUGCAAAAGUGAUCUUGGAAUGAAUGUAUGCUUUCGGUCAUCCCAUCCACUGUCUCUCAUGUUAUUUUGUUCUUGCUUCGUUAGACUUGAUGCUUUUUAUAAUAAUAUCUUGCAAUUUUCAUGUCUU